AGCUCCGGCCCCACAGCAUAUAAACCGGAGAGUCGGCACUCCUGCUCUGUCUUACUACUGCAAGGCCCAGCCAACAAGCCAACCACUACAAUGGCUGUGCUCCGUUCCUUGCUGCCACAGCUGGGGCUGUUUCUGUGCCUGGCUCUGUGCUUUUCUCCUGCCUUGUCUGCAAGUUAUAAUGACCCCUGCAUGGUCUUUGAUACAAUCUCCACCAGCGACAACUUGGGAGUCAGCAUUACGGUGGCCGGGAGCUCUGGUGAGAACAUAACCUACACAGUGUUGGUUCACGUGAACAGUUCCGUCAGUGCCGUGAUUCUGAAAGCAGUGAACCAGAACAAGCCCGUGGGUUCCUGGGUUGGAGCAACUCAGGAAUGCAAUGACAGCAGUGUCCUAUAUCGCGUGACACCCUCAGACAGUUCUGGCUUCCAGGCAACGUGGAUAGUUCCUAAUUCUGAGGAUAUGACUAAAGUCAACCUGCAUGUCUUCUUAGCUACCGGCAAUGGAACAGCUGCAAUGACAUCUGUGAACCUGGGAGAGCAAAAAACACCUGUAACCGUUAACCCCACCCCUGAGAUUUCUGAGACCAACCAAACCACAGCCAUGACUACAGACAGGACCACAGCCAAAAGCCUGGCUGUCAAUGCUCUCGGCAGCCCCCUCGCAGGUGCCUUCCACAUCCUGCUUGUUUUUCUCAUCAGCAAACUCCUCUUCUAGAGCAAACGGGAGAAGCAAAUCUCCAACCUACAGAGCACCCUCCCAAAGCUAAUUCCAGGCCAGUGCUUAAACGUGUGAAUGAAGGUUUUUAUGUCCUCAGCGUACAACUCCACCACCUCUGACCACAGGUACCUGUGACACUCUUUGAGGGACACAAACGUUUGCCUGGAUCUUUCAGGGCACAAAUUCUUCUUUUUGUAAAUACUUAGGCCAGCCUAGUUCUGACUCUCAAUUUUACAUGCUGACAGUCAAUCUGAACUUCUGUUUAUUGCCAAAGGAUUCCCAUGAGCCUCUUGGGUUUGUGGUGGGGAGAGGGAUCCUUCUUUGCUUUCAAGAUGAUUUCAGAUUUCUGGCCAAAUCUACUCAGGUUACAAAGAACUUCUGUGACUUCUGUGACUGAAGGAAAAAAGGAAUGAGUGAUAGAUAGUCCCGUGGCUGUUAGUAGAUUCCCAUUGUGCCGGGACCAGCAGGUUUUGAAGAGCAGAAGUAUAUGAAAUCUGUCUAAGGAGCCAAUAACAGGACACAUGGUUUUUUUCCCUAAGUCAAAUAAACGAUUCAUUGAACAAGAACAAUGAAUGUGUUAAAUUGAAUGAUAAGGUUUAAAUAAGUGAUAAAAUAUAAAGUAUUACUCAAAUUUGUUUAUGUUUUUAAAAAUAGGAAUGAAAUAGUGUGUGUGUGUGUGUGUGUUCAAGGGUUAAUUUAUCUCAAUUUUGUUUUGUAACGAGUCAAAACUGGUUACUUCUUCCUUGAUGGUAAUUUUAACCAAGAAAUGAGAAAAAAAAUACUUGUAAUAUUUAUCAUACAAUGUAAAACCAAAAAAUAUUUCGGCAGUAAGCCUGUUAAUAAAUAAAGUUUUCCUUAAUAAUUGCUUUCUUAUACCUUCCAGGACCACCCACCCAGGGGUGGCAUUGCCCUCAUCAAUCAUUAAUAAAGAAAAUGUUUCACAGA